AUGCUAAAUGCUAUGUCUGCUAUUUUUAGAAACAGUUCUAGAAAUGCAGAUUCCCGAAUAGAGGAAGGCCGAUAUCCUAUUCAUAGAGACUCGGUAGAUAGAGAAAAAGCGGAAGAAACAUUUUUUAUAAUUUAUAUAUAUACAUGGGUGUUCCAGAUUACUUUAUGUAUACUUUUGAAUUCGUUAGCUGGUAAGUUGCUUACCAAGGAAUGGCUUUUCGAUGAAAAUGAUCCACUUUCAAGAACUCUAACAUCCUUGGCUUUUAUGUGGCUUUUCACAAUGAUUUAUUUAAUUGUCACUCCCAUAAUGCAAUAUAUAGCUGGUUUUCAUCUAGUCCAUGAUUUGACAAGAAUAAUUCAAGCAUGUAUGCCACUUAUAAUUAUUGUGUUUUCGAUUAUAACAAUAGGACUAGGUAUAUCAUCAGAAGUACCGCAAAGCGGUCCAAUGACAUCUAAGUGUGUAGUCUGCACAGAACAUAUAUUAAAAGUCGUUUGCUGCUGCUAUGCAUUCGCUAUUUUAAAUAUAGCAGGCGCAAUGUUUAUUACGCACUAUCAUGACGACUUAGAAUACGCUGAAGAAAGAUCUGGUAAGUAUCUUCUCCCUGUCCCAUAUGCGGCACUCAUUAUCCUAGUAGGAAGUGGGGCCUUUAUGUAUGGAUGUUAUGAGUUUUCUACCCAAUUAGCUAUUGAUUGUCCUAAUGUUUUCAACAAAACGAUGACUAUAUGCGAAGAUUAG